AUGGGUUUCCCGUCCCAGCCGAGACAAAUCAUCUGUCCAGUUGGGCCAGGCCUGGUGGGGACCUCGGUCUGGGCCCCGGCCAAAGCCGACGUGUACCUGCUGCUUGAGGAGCCUGGCUUUGUGAGUGAGCUCGGGGGUGAGGGCGAGCUGGGCCUGGGUGGACCGGUGUCCCCGCCCGUGCCUCCCGCGCUGCCCAACGCGGCCGUGUCGGUCCUGGAGGAGCCACAGAACCGAACCUCAGCCUACAGCCUGGAGCACGCCGACCUGGGCGCCGGCUACUACCGCAAGUACUUUUACAACAAAGAACACCAGAACUUCUUCGGACUGGAUGAGGUGCUGGGCCCGGUGGCAGUGAGCCUGCGGCGGGAGGAGAAGGAGGGCAGCGCAGGGGGCACUCUGCACAGCUACCGUAUCAUCGUGCGGACCACGCAGCUCCGGACCCUCCGUGGCACCAUCUCGGAGGAGGUGCUGCCUCCAGGGCCCCCGAGGGGCCUGUCCCCGAGGAAGCUUCUGGAGCAUGUGGCGCCCAGGCUGAGCCCCACCUGCCUGCGCCUCGGCUCAGCCUCACCGAAGGUGCCACGCACACUGCUCACGUUGGACGAGCAAGUGCUGAGCUUCCAGCGCAAGGUGGGCAUCCUGUACUGCCGGGCGGGCCAGGGCUCGGAAGAGGAGAUGUACAACAACCAGGAGGCAGGACCCGCCUUCAUGCAGUUCCUCACCUUGCUGGGCGACGUGGUGCGGCUCAAAGGCUUUGAGAGCUACCGGGCCCAGCUGGACACCAAAACGGAUUCCACGGGCACACACUCGCUGUACACCGUGUACCAGGACCACGAGGUCAUGUUCCACGUGUCCACGAUGCUGCCUUACACCCCCAACAAUCAGCAGCAGCUCCUGCGGAAGCGCCACAUCGGCAACAACAUCGUGACCAUCGUGUUCCAGGAGCCAGGCAGCAAGCCCUUCUGCCCCACCACCAUCCGCUCACACUUUCAGCACGUGUUCCUGGUGGUGCGGGCACAGGCGCCCUGCACUGCGCACACCUCCUACAGGGUGGCCGUGAGCCGCACCCAGGACACCCCAGCCUUUGGUCCGGUUCUGCCCCUAGGUGGAGGCCCUUUCCCGGCCAAUGCCGACUUCCGGGCCUUCCUGCUGGCCAAGGCGCUCAAUGGCGAGCAGGCGGCGGGCCACGCACGCCAGUUCCACACAACACCAGCCGGGCAUGCACCUGAGUCAUUUAAACCCUCACAGGAAGGUAUGAGGUCAGGACUGUUGCCUCAUUUCACAGGCGGAGAAAUGGACAGUGAUGUGCCUAGGACACACAGGGCAGCACUGCGAUUUGGAUUAAAGUCUGGAAAAGCGGCCAGUAGCCAGACGAACGUUUUUUCAGUGUUAGGGAGUGUGGAGAGCUCUCCUCCUGGAAGUGAGACUCGACAGCUGGGGGUGGGGCGGGGUGUGCAGGAAGCUGGGGACGGGGCCUUCCUACCUGAAGCUGCUCCCUCCUCCCCCAGGAGCUUCUCGGAGCUGUACAGGCUGUCCCUGCAGGAGCCCAGCCGGCGCGGGGCCCCAGAGCCGGUGCAGGAAGAGGCCCCUGAGGUGGCCCUGAUGCCCUCCACGAAGCAGCUGCUGCACGCGUGCCUUAGCGAGGGCAGCGGUCCUCCGGGGCCUGGGGACCUAGCCGAGGAGCGGACCGAGUUCCUGCGCAGCCAGAACUCGCCAUCGCCCUGCAGCUCCCUGUCCGAUGAGGCCCCAGUCCUGCCCAACACCACCCCAGACCUCCUCCUGGCAACCACGGCCAAGCCGUCACCUCCUGGUGCUGGCAGGGAGACACCCCCCACCCAGGAGGGGCCAGCCAGCCCCAGUGGCGGUGAGGACAGCGGCGACCCAGCCCCAGAGAUGAGGGCCUCCUUCCUGCCACGAACCUUGUCUCUUCGAAACUCCAUCAGCAAAAUCAUGUCAGAGGCGGGCAUGGAGACUCUGGAAGACGAGUGGCAGUCCAUCUCGGAAAUCGCCUCCACUUGCAACACCAUCCUGGAGUCGCUGUCCCGGGAGGGACAGCCCAUCCCAGAGAGUGGAGAUACCAGGGGAGCCCCCAAAUCUGAUGCUGAGCCAGAACCAAGGAGCUUGUCAGAGAAGGUCUCUCACCUGGAGUCCCUGCUCAGGAAGCUGCAGGAGGACCUGCAGAAGGAGAAGGCAGACCGAGCAGCCCUGGAGGAGGAGGUUCGCAACCUGCGGAACAACAACCGCCUGCUCCUGGCCUCCCAGCACCUGGGCUCACCUGCCACGGACUUGGCCUGAGCCGCCUGGUCCGGCCUUAGCCCGGCUGUGCACCUGCUCAGAACUGCCCAGGUCCCUCAGGGCCCGGGGCCCCCUCAGGAACUCUCCCUGCGCAGAGGCGCGUCUUGGCACUGCCCCCACUCCCCAGCCCAUUACUGGUGGCGAAGUUUCCCUGCCCCAUCCUGUGUGUAAAUAUUCUGUGAGAAAAGGGGACUUCAGGGAUUAAAGAAGCCACUGCAAUUUG